GUUCCGGGUCAGAAACUGGACUGAGAGGAAAUUAACACUAGGACAAGAAAAACACGAAUUACUAUCUAACUUCACAGAGAUGUAACAGUUUACGACAGACGACAUGAGAAACCCAUUCAACAUUCCAGAGGCGAUGUAGAAAGAUGGACAAACUGGCGAUAUCUUCCCAUUAAAGUGCACAAAGUGAGGUGGACUACGACGAUUUAUUCCAUGUUUCUUACCAAUAUAUCCAGCUAAGCCUGGGUAGUCGGUGUCGUUGUGUGCUUGUGCUUUUAAAAUCGGCGGGGGCAGUCGUGCCGUCUACCUGUAGCCCCGGAGAGCGAGCGUGAAAAGAGCGAACUUAGGGACUCUCCUGGUUUCUGCUCGCUCCAUCCAGAUUUGAUUUCAGCGGUGGACUAUUUUACUGUACGGAUUUAGCCACAGCUAGGAUCAUCAGCCCGUGAUGUUUCACUGUAUACCCCUGUGGCGGUGUAACCGUCACAUUGAAUUAAUCGAUAAGCGCCACUGUUCACUGUUGUACGUCCCCGAUGAGAUCUACCGCUACCAUCGGAGUUUGGAAGAGCUGCUCCUGGAUGCCAACCAACUCCGUGACUUGCCCAAGCCUUUCUUUCAGCUGGUGAAACUACGGAAGCUCGGGCUGAGCGACAAUGAAAUCCAGAGACUUCCGCCCGAAAUAGCCAACUUUAUGCAGCUUGUAGAACUCGAUGUCUCUCGAAAUGACAUCAUGGAGAUCCCAGACUCCAUCUCAUACUGUAAAGCUCUCCAGGUAGCUGACUUCAGUGGAAACCCACUAACCAGAUUGCCAGAAACUUUUCCAGACUUAAAGAAUUUAACCUGCCUCUCCAUCAACGAUAUUUCCUUGCAGCACUUGCCAGAGAACAUAGGAAACCUGUGUAACCUGGUAUCACUGGAACUCCGAGAGAAUCUCUUGACAUAUUUACCAGAGUCUCUGUCAAAUCUUGGUAAACUUGAAGAACUGGAUCUAGGGAACAACGAACUCUAUAAUCUGCCAGAGACAAUAGGAUGUCUUGUCAGCCUGAAAGACCUGUGGCUGGACGGGAACCAGUUGGCUGAAAUUCCAGCGGAGGUUGGCCAGAUGCGUAGCCUGCUGUGCCUGGACGUGUCGGAGAACAAGUUAGAGCGCCUCCCAGAGGAGCUGAGCACGCUGCACUGCCUCUCUGACCUGCUGGUGUCCCAGAACCUCAUCGACAAGCUGCCAGAAGGCAUAGGCAAACUGAGAAAGCUCUCCAUCCUCAAAGCGGACCAGAACAGACUGAUAGAACUGCCAGAGGACAUCGGCAACUGUGAAAACCUCACUGAGCUCGUGCUCACAGAGAACCAAAUAAUGCUUUUGCCCAGAAGUAUUGGAAAGUUGAAAAAGUUGUCAAACUUCAACUGUGACCGGAAUCAGCUAACGUCGUUGCCCAAAGAGAUUGGCGGCUGCACCAGCUUGAAUGUCUUCUGUGUGCGCGAGAACCAACUCAAAUACAUUCCCUCCGAACUCUCACAGGCCACAGAGCUGCACGUCUUCGACGUGUCGGGAAACAGGCUGGCCUACCUGCCCCUGUCCCUGACCACGUUGCGUCUGAAGGCCCUGUGGCUGAGUGAGAACCAAUCACAGCCGCUGCUGACCUUCCAGACGGACACGGACCCCGAGUCUGGAGACAAGGUGCUCACCUGCGUGCUCCUACCACAGCAGCCCUGCGAACCAGAAAGCAGCAAAGGUCUGGAUAACUUGGCGCGAUGCGGCGCGCUGGAGAGCCUGGUGAACGACAUGGCGGACAACACGUGGGACGAGCGGGCCCAGAACCGGAUCAGCGCCAUCCGCUUCCUGGAGGAUGACGACGAGGACGAGGACGAUGAAAAGGGAACGCUGAUGCGGCGUGCGACGCCUCACCCCGGCGAGCUGCGCAGCAUGAAGAAGGCAGCGGAGAACCUGCGCAACGACAUGAACGCCGCCAAGCAGGGCCUGGACUCCAACAAAAACGAGGUCAAUAACGCUGCCGAGCGCGUCACCACGUCUGUGUGACCCGACCCGACCCACCCGGCUGUGCUCGUCCUCGUGCCUACCUGCCCGCCCGCUCGCUCACCUCGUCCACCCAGUCCUUACCUCAGAGACGUCCCUGUGGAUCUCACCCCGUGUCUCUCUCUCUGUCUCUGUCUCGCUCUUGCCACAACUCCUACCUGCGCAACCCACCACGUUGUGCCCUGACACCCACAACCCCCCUCUCCCGUGACUGCCUGCCUGCCUGACCCAUCAUGGGAGCACCGAAAUCCUGUCCUGCACCCCUUACCCCUACAACCCUCCACUCCCCAACCUUCAACCUGUACCCCUCUCACAACCCCUCCUCAUCUCAUCUCCCAGGCGCACAAUGCCACGUCCCUCCCCAACGCCUGCUCCCUUUACUCUGAACGGAUCUGAACUGGGACUUCCAUGGUUGUGGGAGCUAUCUCGCCCCCCCCAUCCUAACUUGCCUCCGUGCCCCAUUUUAGGCUGGAGGGUUUGGCCUACUCCCCCAGGCCAGGUCAGGCAGUCUCCUGGGCCCCAAGUGCCUUUGCGAAUAUUGUCCACAGCAAUGAUCUGCACAGGUGUGCUUUCUUUUUAAUAUGUGUGCGUGUGUAUAUAUUUUUACAGAUAAAAACAAAAAUCCAGUGCUUUUAUUUUUUUUUUCUCUAUCGAGACGGUAAAUAGGUAGUUGCACUGUUGAAAGUCUUACCAUAAUAAAUGUCCAAAAUCGUAUCUAUCGUAUAUAUAUAAUAUUAUAUUAUAUUAUCUAUAAUAUAAAAAUACAUAUUUGUUCUAUUUUUUAAAACACUGGGUGGACACUUGAUUUUUUUUACUUAUUUUUGGGGGGUUACAUCAGACCCAGGCUUUCUUUUUUUCUUUUUUUUUGGACCUACUGAUUUGAACAUGAUUGUAUAGUUAUUUGUGAAUAUCACUUUUAUACUUUUGGCAGCUGUGAUGGUGUAAAUUUUAUAAAGUGUAUAGCAAGUUUCUUGGAUCAAAGGCGGAAUUUUUAACCGUCCACUCUAAAAGGUGGACACAGUAUAAUUCAUUUUUAAGAGACAAAACCGUAAAGCAAAACACAAACAAAACAAACAAAAAAAUCUAAAAACUAACAAACAAAAAGUCUUUACACAAAAAAUAGAGACUUCAGCCUCAUCUCUUCUCAGCAAAAAAACAAAAAAACAACAAAAAAAAACCAAUAAAAAUUGUCAGCCUCUGCUCUUGCAGUCCAUUGGUUGUUAUCCUGUGUACCUGGGCUUGGAUGUACAGUACUGUAUAGCACACGUUGUCAAAGGGCUCUGGCACGGAGGACACUGUGAAUAUUAUUCCAUUACCACUUAAAACCGCAAAUGAAACUGUGGGAACAUGUGGAGGCUGUUCAGCUCUUUCCUCUUGUUGCUCCUCUUUUGCUUUUAGAUAUUUUAUUCCUUUUCUUUCUUUUUUUUUUAAAUAAUCGUACUCACAGCAAAUGCGGAAUUUUUAUCUCAUGUAGGAUCCGGUACACUACAAAUGAUUUUGUAACACCAGUAAUGUACAUUUUAUACAUUCUCUCUCUAUGACCUGUGUAGUUAUGAUUUUAAGCAAAAAAUGCUGUUGUCAUUAAUAUAAAAUGCACUUUUGCAAGGGUUUCUUACACUUUAUCAAAACUGCUUCUUCGUAUGGUACACUACAAACUUUAAAUUUUACUUUGUAUUUUUAACUGUAUGCCGGAGUGAAUAAUGGACAUUGUCAUUUUUUUUAAUGAUUUAAUGACUUUUUUAUUAUUAUUUUUCAAUGAUCAAGCUGCACAAAACCAAUCUCAAAACAGGCACAACUUUUGUGCUUAAAAAACUUGGACUUUUAACCACUGAUACAAUAAAAAUGGAUUUGUGAAAAAAA